AUGUCACCAACAGAUUACGGAUUGACAAAUAUCGAUGGAAAGUUAGAAAUAACUUGGUUCAUUGACAAUCAAUUAGUAUCAGUGAGCGAGCUGGUGCCUUUGGGGCCGGUGCUGACGGCUGAGCCGCCAGCACUGGUGGUGGUGGGGACGGCGGGCGCGCGCUUACACUGUGCCGCCAGUGGGGAUCCACCACCACGCAUCAGCUGGCUGGCUUCCGAUGGAUCACCACUGCGCGAUGAACCAGGAGUCAGCAGGCGCGUGCUGGGCGACGGGUCGCUGCAGGUGUUGCGCGUGCGCAGUUCACAAGCGGUGCGCUGUCGGGCCGCCAGCCCGCGGGGCGCCGUGCUCUCGCGCGCGGUCAGACUUGAGCCAGUGGCGGACACGGGCUGGGAGGCCGUGGUGGACGCACAGACAGUGUCAGUGGGCGGGGUCGGCGCGCUGCGAUGCCGCGCGAGCGCCGCCGUACCCGUGCUCGUCGCCGUCUGGUACCGCGCCGGCCGCGCUCUAGACCUCGCAGAUCCUCGCUACCUGUCAGCUGGUGACACGCUGCUAAUCCGUGACAUAACAUCGGACGAUGCGGCGCCCUACAGUUGCGUAGCGCGUCACGCGCACUCCGAUGUCGCCAAGCGAUCCCGGCCCACUACGCUCAACGUCAUCUGUAGUCGAAGACUAUGUUUUUGGUUCUCUGACAGAUGCAAUAGUGAAUUGAAACUUGACAGAUGGUACCGCGAGCGCGAUGGACGACUGCAGCCGGUGCAGUUCGCAUCAGCGGGGAUGGGGGCGGGAGAGGCAGGGGAAGCAUCACUACGAGCCUGGGCCGGAGGGGCUGCGCUCUGCGGUCGCGCGACUCCCGACUUGUCCGGAGCCUGGCUCUGCAAGGCGUACAAUGGUUUUGGAGAUGCCACGGUACAACUGCGCCUCAACGUUGACGUGGAACUCAACGUUACAGUUACACCUUCCGUCGUGGUGGCAGAACCCGGCAGCACGGUGACUCUGAACUGCAGUACGAACGUUGCGGCGUCGCUGUCGUGGUUGCACGACGGCGUAGCGCUGGCGGCAGCGGGCGGCCGCCUCGUGCUGGGCGGCGCCGCGCGCGCGCACCGCGGCAUGUACCAGUGCGUGGCGGCGCGCGGCACCCACAGCGCUCACGCCGCCGCGGAGCUGCGCCUCGCAGACUCUGCGCCCGAGCUGGUGUACACGUUCAUCGAGCAGGCGCUCCGGGCGGGCGGAAGCGCGGCACUGCGCUGCGUGGCCGCAGCCUCACCGCCGCCGCACAUCACCUGGUUGCUAGAUGGGCAGCCCAUUGAACAGUUCCUGCCACACCACAGAUACCGUGUGAGCGAGGAGACGACGCCGCUUGGCGACGUGGCAUCGUUGCUAAACGUGUCGGUGACGGCGACCGACGGCGGCCGCUACACAUGCCGCGCGCACAACGCACUCGGCGCGGCCGAACACUCCGCCAGACUCAACGUAUACGGUCCGCCGGCGGUGCGUGCGCUGGGCCCGGUGCGCGUGGUGGCGGGCGAGAACGUCACCAUCCACUGCCCCUACUCCGGAUAUCCGAUCAGGUCCAUAGAGGUGCAUUCCAUAGGAUGA